CGAACAAAGAAAAAACCCAAAAAGUAAAGAAAUUAGAGAAAUCCCAGCGCAGCUCGUUGGAGAGCGAAAUUCAAGUAAGAUCAAUCAAGCACUCUUUCUUGAAAAAUUAUUCUUGACAAAUGUAAGUAUUCAGUGAGAGCUCUUAAUAGAGAUGGGUGAAUUUGAUUGAAAGGUGACGAAAUAUGGUCGGCAAGAAUUAAAGAAAUCGUUUUCUGGUUUCUGGGUUUCUUGAUUCUGUAUCAAAUGGGUCGGAGGGGGAGUGAAGUGGAGCCGGUGAGGUUUGGGUCUAUGGUGCUUCUGUUGAUGGGUUUAGUCUCUUUCUGCAUGGUCUACAUUUUCAUGGCAACUGUGAUGAGCCCCUCGUCGUCUGGUGAUUCAAAGGUGGGAUCUUUAGGGUUUGGUGAUGGUGGGAAUUCGGAGGCUGAGGUGAGUGGAGGUGGGGGUUGUUGCAGUGGGAUUCCGAAUUUGGAGCUGUGGGGUGAUGCUGUCAAGUGGGGGACUGAUUUCAAGUUCAAUUCGUCCGAGCAGUGCUGCAGCUCUUGCAAGGCGAUGUGCACGGGGAAGGACGGGCCGUGCCUCUGUGAUUCGUGGGUGUUCUGUGGGAAUAAGGAGGCUUGUGGGGAGAAAUUUGGUGAGUGCUGGUUGAAGAAACAAAAGGAUGUCCUGCUUCCCGAAAAACAAUAUACUGAAAACAAAGUCAUGUGGACAUCGGGCCUCGUCUUUGGGAGAGGGGAGGGCAUUAUUGCAUUGGAGACGGAGUAUGGGAACCUUCACAUCAAGCUUUUGCCUGAAUGUUCCCCACAUUCAGUUGCAUACAUGCUAGAGUUGUUGGCUCUGCGACAUUGUGCAGGCUGCCAUUUUUAUCGAGCCGAAGGCCGGGGUCAGUUUUGGGAUAUUAAGGGAAACCACACAGAAGAUGCUUCAUAUGGCCCUCCGUUUGCUCUUAUUCAAGGAACACUAGAAGCCCAAGAAGCCACAUUCGACCCGAUUCCAUCGGAGCACAGCUCAACCAUAAGAAGGGGUUCAAUGGCAUGGGUUGGAUCCGGCCCUGAAUUCUUCAUCAGCCUUGCAAAUCAUGAAGAGUGGCAAAAUGGAUACACCGUGUUUGGUUCUGUACUCCCUGAAGAUAUGGCGAUUGCCGAGAAAAUCGCAUGGCUUCCUACAAAGUCAGAUGUUUGGAAUAACAUCAAUGUCUCAGUUUUGGAGAAAACUGUACCUUUGAAUAUUCAAAGAUUCAACCUCAGUGACGGUGACCUAAGUCUCACUGACUAGAAGAUCCAAAGUGUAGAUGAACAUUAUGGAGCAUAUGAAGGUGCAGCCAAAGACUAACUGUAAAGCUCUACAACAUGCACCUCUGGAGGUGCCUUCUCAAGGAGUACUAAGGAAAUGUCGUAUUUUUUUCCUCCUGUCAAAACCUAACAAAAUUCAUAGAUAAAUAAAUGUAUUUAUUCUCCUUCUCCA